AAGGACCAACUUGUAAGUUGCAACUUGCAACCCCACCAUGUCCCUCCCCCCUCCAAGGCGAGUUUUUUCCGACUCCUUCACACAGCGCACCCCGCACCAGCCUACCUCUCUCCUCCUCCUCUCGGGCGGCUCCCAUCCACACGACCCUAGUUCUUCAGAGCACCACCGCAACCAGCCGCCCACUCUCCAUGCAUCAGCUCUCCUCCGGCCAUGCCGCAGCGCCGCCGAGCCCUUAACCCGACGCUCCCUGCUCCCGUUCCCGUUCCCGUUCCCGCGUCCGCCUUCCAACUCGCCGCCGACGAGGACUCGCGGCUGCCGCUCCUCGCCGACUACGCGCUGUUUCAGCCCAUCUCCGUCGACGCGCCCGCGGCCCCGGCGUCGGCCGAGUGGAGCGGCGGCAGCGCCUUCACCGCCACCUCUGACGCCGCCACCACUACCGCCUCGUCCUCCGCCACGGCGCCGGGCUCCUCCCUGGUCGCCGCCGGCCGCGGGAGUGACACGUGGGUCCGCCGCGCCAGGGAGGGGUACUACCUCCAACUCUCCCUCGCCAUCCGCCUCACCUCUCAGGCCUUCCUCGCCGGCGCCCCUGCCCCGCCCGAGCUCCUCCUCCGCUGCGCCCCUGGGGAUGCCAACCAUCACGCCUCCGGUGAUCCGGAGGCCGUCUCCUACCGGCUUUGGGUGAACGGGUGCCUGUCGUGGGGCGACACGAUCGCGCACGGGUUCUACAACAUCAUGGGCAUCGACGCGCACCUGUGGGCCAUGUGCAACGCCGCGGAGGAGGGCCGCCGGCUGCCGACGCUGGCGGCGCUACGGGCGGUGGACGCCAGCCAGUCAUCGCUGGAGGUGGUGCUCGUCGACAAGUGCGCCGACUCAGUGCUCCUCGACCUCGAGCGCCGCGCGCUUGACCUCGUCCGCGAGCUCGGCGUCACGACCGACCUCGUCCGCCGUCUCGCCGUCCUCGUCUCCGACCACAUGGGGGGCGCGUUGAGAUCGGAGGACGGGGACCUGUACAUGCGGUGGAAGGCGGUGAGCAAGCAGCUGAGGAAGCGACAGAAUUGCGUCGUCGUCCCCAUUGGCGGCCUGUCUAUCGGCUUCUGCCGGCACCGCGCCAUUCUUUUCAAGGAACUGGCAGAUUUCAUCGGCCUGCCAUGCCGGAUCGCUCAAGGUUGCAAGUACUGCUCUGCACCUCAUCGAUCCUCUUGCCUUGUCAAGAUCGACAGCGAGGGAAGAUAUGUAAGGGAAUAUGUCGUGGACCUCGUAGUUGAGCCGGGAACCAUAAGCAACCCAGACUCAUCCAUCAACGGGCAGCUGCUCUCCUCCGUGCCUUCACCUUUCAAGACUUUGUGUACAGCAGGCUCAGCAAACUAUGCAACACCAAUUGCUGCUUGGAAUCAAGCGACAGCCAACGACCGACGCACCAGGGUACUAUCAAACUCCCAGUGUUCAGUUGCUAGGUGCUCCGUUGUGGAGGAGAAAAACUCUGUUCAGGCAGCCAACAAAGAAGGCUUGCUGCCGAAAUGCGGUCAGAUCACGCAGAAUGGUCACUGUAACGGCAUAUCAACGCUGGAAGUGUCGGCGCAAUUGAAGGUGAUGGGCAUCGGUGCUGAGAACGGCAAUAAGGAGAACGUUCCGGGUGCUACGCUUCCGAAACGCCUGAGCAUUGAGCCAUCUUUCGCCGUGGAUUGGCUCGAGAUUCCGUGGGAGGAGCUCGAGCUCAAGGAACGCGUAGGCGCCGGUUCUUUUGGUACCGUUUAUCGCGCUGACUGGCACGGUUCUGAUGUUGCGGUAAAGGUUCUUACAGACCAGGAUGUCGGCGAAACGCAGCUGAAGGAAUUCCUCAGAGAGAUUGCUAUCAUGAAACGAGUCCGCCAUCCGAAUGUGGUAUUGUUCAUGGGCGCGGUGACAAAAUGUUCGCAUUUGUCAAUAGUUACAGAGUAUCUGCCCAGAGGGAGCCUCUUCCGUCUCAUUAACAAGGCAUCUACCGGAGAAAUGCUGGAUCUAAAGCGCCGUUUGCGCAUGGCGCUAGAUGUUGCAAAAGGCAUCAACUAUCUCCACUGCCUGAAUCCUCCUAUUGUGCAUUGGGAUCUGAAGACUCCAAACAUGCUGGUCGACAGGAACUGGUCCGUGAAGGUAGGUGACUUUGGCUUGUCCAGAUUUAAGGCGAACACCUUCAUAUCGUCCAAAUCAGUCGCGGGAACACCAGAAUGGAUGGCACCAGAGUUUCUCCGUGGUGAGCCAUCCAACGAGAAGUGUGAUGUGUAUAGCUUCGGUGUGAUCUUGUGGGAGCUCCUGACGAUGCAGCAACCAUGGAGUGGCCUAGGCCCUGCGCAGGUAGUAGGAGCUGUUGCAUUUCAGAACAGAAGGCUUCCGAUUCCAAAAGAUACCAAUCCAGAACUUGCUGCUCUUGUAGAAUCCUGCUGGGAUGAUGAUCCAAGGCAGCGGCCUUCGUUUUCGAGCAUUGUGGAUACGCUGAAGAAGUUGCUCAAGGCGAUGCUUGUAGGUUCAUGAGGACUCUGGCAAACUGUCCUGGCUGCGUUGUCCCCCCUUUUUUCUCUUUUGGCUGUUCCUUUUCUGUCUUUGUUAACGCUAAGCUACAGAAAUGAAUAAGGCUGUUGCCUAAAGGCAUCCGAGUUCUCUACAGAAAGAAGAGGAUAGUUGAAGCAGCACAAGUGCAAUGCUGCCUCGAGUUCGAUAGGUCACUUCCCCCUCAUGCAAAACCAAUAAAAGCCAUUGCUUUUGGUCCCAUGUUGCCCUGGGGUAUCCUUUGUACAUGAUUUCUAGCACUAAUCGAAAUUCCUUACUGUGGC